UUCACGCGGAGUGGGAAUCUGGAAGAUUUAUGUGCCGGAUUGUCCGGAUGAUAUCGCACGGCAGCUGCCCGUUCUUUUAUGACCGAGGAGUGGGGUGUAAAGAGUCACCAGGAUGGUGGUGAAGAGAAAUAGGAUUGUUACGAAAGCACAGGCAGCUAGACCCCAGGGCAGUACUUUUCAGCAGCAAACAGACUGAUGAGGCUGCAUCCGAAUCUGUUGUCUAGAGCUAGGCCUAGGUCUUCGCUCCGUUAGAAAUGCGUGGAAGCGCGCAGACGAUAGACCUAGCCGUAGCUCUGGAAGCCCGUUUCGGACACGGCCUGAUUCUCAUCUACGUCCAGGGAAGUCGUCAUGGACAAGGAAGGAGGAGCUAGCACCGUGAAGGGAGGAAACAUGACGUACAGACAAGAAAGAGCAACCCCUCACACGAGCGUCAGAACUGACACGCUUGGACUAAAAGUUCACGGGAGAGACGACCCCGGGAAAAGCACCAGUCGGUUUCACCUGAUCAUCUUUGCCAGAGACUUCAGAGCUUGGUGCAUUGGGCAUAUCCUGCCAGAUAGUGAGCCGAUCUCGUCAUCACCUCACGGGCGGAUUCACUCGUUGAUCCGUUCUUCACCUCCCCCACAACCCUUGCAUGUGGUGUGCUUUUGCAAUUGGCGGGUCUCCGCGUUCGGGCGCUGUGGUCACUUAAUCGGGCAUUUUGGCGGGAAAAAGAUGACGACCGCUCUGCUGUUCCUCUCGACGGCGCUGGACGACAACACCGUUGUGCCGAACUCGACCGAGGCGCCGUGGACGGGGGACGGCGGUUCUUCGUAUUUGUUUCCGUUCCCCCCGUGGCUCAUACCGGUCAUACUUGGAAUUCUCAUCUGCGUCGGCAUGGUGGGGAACAGUCUGGUCAUCUUCGUCAUCGUGAGGGCUAGCCAGCGGACGGUCACCAACUACUACAUCGUGAACCUGGCCGUUGCCGACAUCCUCUUUCUGGCAUUUUGUGCGCCAAAGACCGCCAAUGAUUACCUCAACCAGGGCUUCACUCUCGGCAGGUUCAUGUGCAAGGUCGUCCUCUACUUGCAAUAUGUCACUUCGCACUCGACGUGCUUUCUUCUGGCAGCUAUGAGUGUCGACCGCUUCCAGGCGAUAGUCAGGCCCCUGAAAUCGCUGAAGACUCGCACCCUGCAGACGGCAAUCACCAUAAGCGUCUUGGUGUGGCUGUCUGCUUUUCUGCUGUAUAUCCCGUUCCCGCUUUACUUUGACCUCCAAGAACUCGUGUACCAGGGCACUCUGACCACAUACUGCCUCAUCAGUUGGCCCAGCGGGACGUUGGAAUUCGCCUACACGAUCAUGACAUUCCUGUUUCCGUACGCACUCCCUCUGGUUGUCAUCGCUGUUUGCUACACGGUCAUGCUCCGUCACCUGUGGCAACGCGUGGCGCCUUCUGACGCCGUCAGCGGCCCGGCAAACACCGCCAACACCGAGCGUAAUCUGAGGCAGAAACGGAAGAUCACGUUAAUGGUGUUAACCGUGGUGAUAGUGUUCACCGUCUGCUGGUUCCCGCUCCAUUUCUACUCACUGUGGUCCAGCUUCGGUGCCUCCUUUGUCUACACGAACCACGCUCUAAAUCUAAAAACCGCCGGUCACGUGCUGAGCUACGUCAACUCGUGUGCCAACCCCUUCAUUUACGCCUUCCUAGGGGAGAACUUCCGGAAAAGUUUCCGGAAGGCGUUUCCUUGCUGCUUCAAGAGGGCCAGGGCGGACAGAGACGAGGCCAGGCGAGGGGUGACGGGUGCUAACCAGGGAUCCACUUUAGUGGCAGGUCCGAGCACCAGGACUGGCAGUAACACACAAAUGAGCAGCUUGCCUUCUAGAGUAGACAUCGAAAAGUUAUACCGUGAAACGGCCUUAAUCGAAUUAAAGAUCACGGAAAUCUGUUUGAAAUUAGUCUGUCGUCGCAAUUGGCGUAAAGCCGACAAUUUGGAGGGAAAGAUGACCACGGCGAUGAUGCCCUAUCGUUUCAUAUCAACUGCAGAGGGCAAUGGCACACUGACGUCGUUUGCCACAUCGCCACCAGAGAGCGACACCACCAGUAAUUUAGCCUACCUCACUUGGCUCAUGCCAGUUAUUUUCAGUAUUCUGAUAACGGUUGGCGUCGUUGGUAACACUCUAGUGAUAUACGUCAUCAUCAAGGCAAGUAAGCGGACUGUUACCAACUACUACAUCGUGAAUCUGGCUGCUUCCGACAUCUUGUUCCUUGCUUUCUGUGCUCCCCCUACGGCAGCCCACUACACCGCGCCAGCCUUUUACUUUGGUCGGUUCAUGUGCAAGACCGUGUACUAUCUGCAGUUGGUCACUGCGCAGGCGACAUGCUUUCUUUUGACUGCCAUGAGUGUCGACCGCUUCCACGCUAUCGUCAGGCCCCUGAAGUCACUGAGGACCCGUACGCUCCAGAUGGCUGUCCUCAUCAGUGUCUCCAUAUGGCUGUUUGCUCUGAUUAUCUACAUACCGGUGCUGAUAUUCUUUGACAUUGAGUACAUCGACUUUCACGGGGUGGAACCCUACUGCACGGAACACUGGCCCAGCAAAACGUGGAACCGGUGCUUUGUCGUCGUGUCCUUCGUUCUGGUGUUCUCCCUCCCUCUGGCUGCUAUUGCUGUCUGCUAUGGCGCAAUGAUCCGUCACCUCUGGAAGCGGGUGGUACCGAACGACGCUCUAAGCGGCCAGGCCGACGCGGUCAACACCGCGCGCAGCUUGAUGCAGAAGCGAAGAAUCACGUGGAUGGUGUUGGCGGUGGUGGUGGUGUUCGCCGUCUGCUGGUUCCCCAUUCAUGUCGUCAACAUGUGGCACCGGCUGGACCCCAACUUCCCCUUCACGGACGGGACUUUUUACUUCAAGACGGUGGGUCACGUCAUGAGCUACUGUAGCUCCUGCGCCAACCCCUUCAUUUACGCCUUUCUCGGGGCGAACUUUCGAAGGAGCUUUCGGAAGGCCAUCCCCUGCUGCUUCCGUCAAGCGGGACUACAGACGGACGGUCGGGGAGGGACGACGGGGUCCCCACAUGGGUCUAUGAGAGUUGGCGCGAGCUCAAGGGGAGCCAGGGCAAGCUAUAACAACACAGAGAUGAGCGACUUAAAUUCAAAAACGACCGCCAAGUGACAGUGGGAACACUCGGAAAAAAAUCAACAUUCCGUGAACGCAAAUUCAACUUCAUAAUUGUGAACGAGGUAGCCCCGGAAAACAUUUUCAAACUGAAUUGCUGCUGGUUUCUGAUCUUAAUAAAAUCAAUAGUGAUACUUCGCCCCUUGGAUCCAUGGAAUGAAUUGCUUUGUCAUAAAAAUAGAUUUUAAACAACCUCUUUGAUGACCCAGUACACUGAAUAGGAGUGUAUGAAGUGUCUUUUGUUAAAAAUAAAGUGUUUUUCCGUAAUGUACAUUGUGGUAUCGAGGGCGUUCAAUUUAAUGGACUUAAUUAACUCGACAGAGCUUAGACAUUCGGGGCCGUUUUUUUUUUCUGGUUCGUGAGGUCUCAUAGGCUGAGUUGAAAAUAUACAUGUGACCUGGAUGCACAUGGGCGCCCACGGUCAAGAAGUAGAUUGUAAGUUGUGUUAUCUCUAUGAAUUGUACCGAAUGAGGGCGCACUUGCAUUUUUAAAAUUAAGCUUUUUAGCUUAAACAGUCUUGGCAAUGGUUUUGUAUAACUAAUACCUACACGACAAGAAGACCAAAAAUAAAACAUUUAUUAAUUCAGUUUUUUCAAGUAGGUGUGCCAGCGUUUCAUAUUUCACAUCAUAUGUCGCGCGAUGCAAAAUAGCUAUUGUCGAAAUCUUUCGAGGAGGUUGAGAAUAAUUUUCAGUAAAUUUUGCAGUGAUUUGUGACUUAAUAAUCUUGAAACGACAACGAAGACACAAAAUUACUAGGCUUUACGGUCCAAGUUGUUUUUCUUUUAUGCUGUUGUUAUUCUAUCUUCCAUAUCCGAGUGACAUUUUCUUUGGCAAUUUACCGCAACAUACUAUUGUAAGAUCCACUUCUGAAUAUAUUUUCUCGUAUUACAUGUAUUUGUGAUGGCGUAAGUAAUGUCAGGAUUCUUUAUGUAGAUAGGUUGUUGCAGCAAGGUUAAUUCAUUCAGCUUACAAAUUGAAAUAACUAAUGCCCUCUAUAUGCUAUUGCAUUAUAUCUGAACGGUUUGUAAAGAUCAAAUUUGGGAAGGUUUAAAUAACCACAGGUCGAAAAUCAUCAGGAAAUUUGCAUGCUUUAGUGAUAGUAAAUUCCAACUUUUGUUUCCUUCAAAACGUUUUCACUUCUUGGAAUGUGAAAAUAUAAUUCUAUUUAAUGAAAGUCGCACUAUA